CUACGUCACGGUAUUUCCGCAUAGUGAGAAGAAGGUAAACACAGACGGAGCAGAAUACCCUUGAAUGUGGUAACGGAUUGAAAAUUUUUGGACACAAGUUUGGAGACAUUCUGGUUGCACAAGCUGUGUUUGACAUUACUGUAUAAGCAACAUUAAAGCGUGAGAAAAGCUGUAUUUGUUGUGUCAGCUGUCCGGUGAAUGUGCAGUGACAAAGAAUCAAAGCUCCAAACAAAGAGACGGGGAAGAAGAAUAUUGGGAUUUCUGGAACUGGUGCAUAAAGUUUUAAUGUCUAAUAUUUUCCAAGAUGGUGAAAACCUUUCAAGCUUAUUUGCCAAAUGGAUGCCACCGAAAGUAUAGCUGUGUUCAUUGCCGGGCCCACCUGGCUAAUCAUGAUGAACUUAUCUCAAAGUCCUUCCAAGGAAGCCAAGGAAGAGCUUAUCUUUUCAACUCGGUGGUGAAUGUUGGAUGUGGGCCGGCAGAAGAGCGAGUCUUGCUGACAGGACUGCAUGCUGUGGCAGAUAUUUUCUGCGAAUGUUGUAAAACCACCUUAGGAUGGAAAUAUGAACAUGCCUUUGAAUCUAGUCAGAAAUACAAGGAGGGAAAAUUUAUCAUUGAACUUGCACACAUGAUCAAAGACAAUGGCUGGGCCUGAGUGAAAAAUGGGGCUUACAGAAAACAGACCAGAACCUUUGCUACUUGCAAAGUUUUUUCUUUGGGGAACUCCAAAAUAUUGUGACAUUGGUGUAUUCCUCAGGUUUGUGAGAGGAGAGAGAGAGUCCUGGGAAGCUGUGCUGAUAUUGUAAACUAGAGCUUCUCUCCCUGUGUUUAUUUAGACAGUAGGAUGGCCUUGUGUUCACACUCAUCUCAUUCACUUCUCUCAGGAAAACAGCACAUCUGUAUAUGGACCAAUUCACGAGAUAUUGAUAAAAGGUUGGAAUUCUUCAACUCUGAGCCUCCAGCAUGGCUUUUUAUACACUUUCUUUGCUGGAUAGAAGCUUAACAUAGUCUUUGAACAGCUUGUUCAUGUAUAAUUGUACCUUAUGGCAUUCCAUCAUGAUAAAUAUCAUAAAUGCUGGUGAUUUAGUUCCAUCUCUUUGAGACCAGUGCCCAUUUACAUGUAUAGCAUUACUGUAGACUGUGUGUUGCCUGGUAGAGACAAGUGCAUCUUGUGUGUCAUUGAUCUCACAAGUCUAUUUAUAACUCAGGUAAUGAACAACAACAACAUGAUUUUCCCAAAAUGAUUAACUAAAUUCUCGAGAAACAGAAAUAUGAUGUAGAUGGAAAUGUUUGGUAUAAUACAUGAAUGAUAUGUCUGUCUCUGCAUUCUUUGUUAUUGAUAUGUUGCAUUUGAUGUUGCCUCAGUUCAAGAAUGCAGAUUGAUUUUUUCUGAUUAAAAAAAAUAUUUCAUUUCAGUAUUUAAAUUUUACUGAAAUGUUCUUGACUUCAAACUUUCUGUACUGUACAUUUAUGUUUAUUGCCAGGAUUUGCUGUGUUCAAAGUUUGAUUUCCUUGCCUGUAGCCCUCUUGAGCUAUAGGAUAAAUAGAACAUUUAUUGAUUUUGUUGUUUGUUUACACCUCUAAAUACUAACCCGAUAAAAAUAAGAGAGGUAACUCUGACUCGAUCUAUUUUUCCUUCAUUAUUUAUUAACUAAGUAUUAUAAGUCUUUCAGUUUGAGCUUGUGCUUACAUGUACCUUUAUUUUUGGACUGUAAUUCUGCACAUGGUACUGUGAUGUAGGAGGAGUCUGUUUGUUGCUUAGUUUCUUUGCUAUCACUAUCUCAUAUUGAAAUGUAUCGGUAGAUUAUCAUCUUAUAUUGCAUGUACCGUAUGUCUGUCUGUCUGUAGCACAUCAAUGCAAUCACCUCAAGCAAGCCCACAUUUUCUAAUAAGAAAAGCAACUGAUAAAAAUGGUGGAAAUACAAUUUCAUUAGAAAUAUCCAGUGUCUUUCAAAAUGUUAAAAUGAGUUUUAACAAAAAAGUUGUUGAAUAAUUUUGUCAUUGUAAGGGAAUAAUUUCCAUCAAGAACUCUUCAUAAAAACUUUUCUUUCUUAUUUGCAAAUUGAUUUAUCAGUCUAUCUACUACCCAGUACGUUAUAUGUAGUGCUGUCUUAAUCGUUUUACAGGCUUAUUAUAUUGAAAUAAGUAACCAUUUAUAUCUGUAACUUGGAAGUGAAACAUUUUCAUCACACAAUGAAUUCACGGCUUAUGGAUUGAAUGGGAUUUCUGUGAAUGAUUCUGUAACAUAUAUUAAAUCACUUGUAGUCAUAUGAGUACUUGGAGUGUGGUCAUAUUAUAUUUUGUUAUCUAACUGUUUGACUGUGUUUGGAGUUAUUGUAGUGCUGAGUUUGUAAUUUUGGUGGAAAUUAUUGCUUUCAAUUUGUUGUCAUUAUUAUUUAUAUAUUGUCACGCCUUGUGGUUGACAGGCUUAAAAAUAAAUACUAAAUCUUAUACAUGUA